AUGGAUCUCUUUUCGCUCACGGGUAGGACCGCCCUUGUUACGGGGGGAACUCGAGGCAUUGGACAGCAGAUGGCGAUUGCUAUGGCUGAAGCCGGUGCAGAUAUCAUUCUGGUUCAGAGAGACGCCAGCAAUCAAGACACGCGGCAAAGGAUCGAAGGUUUAGGGCGCAAUGCAACGAUAUACACAGCCGAUCUAUCUUCUCGGGAGUCUGUCUCUUCAUUAGUAUCAGCCGUCUUGAAUGAUGGGCAUGAUAUCGACAUCCUUCUCAACUGCGCGGGGAUUCAACGGCGACAUCCGAGUCAUAUCUUCCCGGAUGGUGACUGGGACGAGGUCCUCCAAGUCAAUCUUUCCACUAUUUUCACCCUCUGCCGGGAUAUCGGCGCCUAUAUGCUCACCCGGACCCCGGAUUCCUCCGGCCACCGCGGAAAUAUCAUCAACAUCGCCUCUCUUGUUUCAUUCCAAGGCGGAUUGACCGUACCGGCUUACGCAGCCGCAAAAGGUGGCGUGGCGCAAUUGACAAAAGCACUAUCAAAUGAAUGGGCCGCCAAAGGAAUCAACGUUAACGCGAUCGCCCCCGGUUAUGUAGCCACGGACAUGAACACGGCGUUGUUGCAAGACCCUGAGCGGUCGGCAAGUAUCCUGGCGAGAAUCCCCGCGGGACGAUGGGCAACCCCGGAGGAUUUCAAGGGAGUGACGAUAUUCUUGGCGAGUCGAGCAAGUGGAUAUGUUUCUGGUGAGAUUUUGACGGUCGAUGGCGGGUGGAUGGGGAGGUGA